CCAGAAUAGAUUUUUUAUUGGAUUGGUGAAGUCAUUCUGUGAGUAAGAAGAGGGCACAGGAUGAGUCGAGCAAUAGCAAUAGCAAAAUACCCCAUACAAGUCCCACGAAAGGGGCGAACCGGCAAACCGUUAUGCCUGGGGAACCAAAAAAAAUCAACCCUACCAGUAGGGAGGACGAAGCAAAUACAAACAACCCAGACAGAUGAGACACUAAUCUCCCAAAAAUUCUUGAUGAUGUAGCGUAGCGUAGGUAGCCUUUUCCGCACCCUGCCUAGCCGCUCCGUACCUGAAUAUCUGCUGCUGCUGCUGCUGCGCAUUCCCCUGGAUAUGGAUAGGUAUGGUAUGGUAUGUAUGCCGCGGCCCGCGACGCGGUAUGCAACCAUGGACUCAGACCCAAAAUCCGGGAGUGCAUUUUCCAUCCCCCCUCCCUGCCCUUUGGGAAGUGCGAUUUCAGGGGUGGGCUGGACUUUUACUUGGUGGUUCUUUAGGGGUUGUGCCUUUGUUUUAGUGAAGCUCGAGUCUGAUUCUCGGUUCUGGACGAGACUGGGUCUAGAUGGUAAGAUUCCAGACUGGAUGCUUCAGAUCUCCCGUUUCGGAUUUCGAGAUCGCGGGAUGGCAUCAAGAAGGGACUAUAUGAGCGUUUGCUGCGAGAGGAAGACUUUGCAUUAGAGGUUUACGGUUUUACUUUCGUUCAUUGUUUGCAAGUGGUAGCAGCCCCCCCAACACCAACCCCUGUUGUUCUUUGUGUGAUGGAAACUUUCGGGUGCAGUAACGUUACUGGAUGCAAGGGCAGACAGACUCGGGAAUGAUCUGACGGGUCAGAUUGUGCUGGGUGUACUGGACGUAGUUACAGUCCAGUAUUAAAUAAUCAGGUACAGUGAGGGUUUGUGCUAGUCGGAUGUGGGUUGGUUUGGGGGGGGUCUUG